AUUUAUUUAUUUUUCCCUAAUAUGUCAGUUCUCGCUUUUUAUUCAUCUCUAAAGAAAGCAUAAGUUUUUAAACAUAUUUUUUAACAGAAUUAAAUGUCGUCCGAAGUGGCAUUUAAUUUAUUUUAUUUACUAAUAUGUUUUGCAAUUAUUUAUCCGCACGAAGAGUUUAUCAGCACUGGGUUAACCAUUCAAAAUUGCAUGGGAAACUUUUUGGGUUCUGAAAAACAACAAUUUAUAAGAUAUCACAUGAAAAAGUCUAUGUUGAAUUUAUUCGUGUAUUCAUGCCUACCUCUAGUAUAUAUAAUAUUGUUGUUUUUAUUGGGCUUUGAAAGUGAAUUUUUCGAAUUAUUUACAGGAUCUGGAGUUUGUUGGAGAAUUUUUGCAGCAUCAAGUGUAGCAGCUCCUUUUAUUGCUCUGUUUGAACUCAAAAGGUGGACUGAAAGUAACCAUAAAAAUCAUCCUAUUGUCAAACAACUUACAAAGUGUUGUAAUAACAAUAAUGACUGGGAAGCUGUAGCUUCUGAUAUAGAAAAUGAAUAUAGAAGGUUGGGCUCAAUAUCAUUUAAAACAAACCCUAUCAUCAAAAUAGUAGUCACUGAAAAUUGGCUUCUGAAAGUCACCCCACUGACAAUCUUUUUAACACACCAAAGUGAUGCAACCCUUUGUGUGAAUCAGGCACAAAAUUAUCAGCUGUCUCAUAUGGGUGCCAGUGAGACUCAGUUUUUAAACAUCGAAGUCAAGUGUACAAGAGCUGACAAUUUCACUAUAAGGAUAAAUUCGGUUGACUUUAAGGAUUUAGAAGACAGGUUGGCCAGGUCAAUAAAUAUUUUACCAGACGUUAGAUUUCAUAAAACUGUAACUGAACAGUUCUUGGAGGUGUUUAAGCAGACUGUAAGGAAAAAUCCGAAAUACAAUACCGAUAUGGAACUAGACCAAUGCAUAGGUUGCUUACAAGCCAAUCCACAAAUUAAGCUUCAAAAACAAUGCCAAAGUACAGAAAAUCAAAGUAUGAAUUGCACCAAUUGUUUCUGUAAGCCCAUGUGGUGUCUUGAUUGCAUUGGCAAGUGGUUUAUGUCAAAGCAGGACCCAGAAUUAAAGAACCAAUGGUUGGCCAGUAAAUGUACAUGUCCCAUGUGUAGGGCAACUUUUUGUCUGUUAGAUGUGUCUCUUUUAGGAAGUGUAGAGGAGUAGGCCAAGUUUUUAUAUUUCUGUCAGAGCUUUUUAAAUAAAACUUUAUAAUAUGCGGUUUACUAAAAUGGAGAUAUGACAUUUCUUAUGCUAGUCACUAAGUCAUUCAUAUUAUUAAUCAGGGUAAUUGCUUGCUGUUGCAAAUUUACUUCUCUCAUGUUGCGGAAUUUGACUUUCAAAACCAACUGAGCAAAACUCGUUUUGCUAUCAUUCUUAAUUUAAUGUGAUAAUCUAGAUUGUGUAUUAUUAAAAUAUGUAUUAUAUUUUACACGAAUCAAAUGUUUUUUUUUAUCUAAUAAACAAAAAAAAACAUUUAAGA